AUGAGGAGAGUUAUUGCAGUAGAUGGUACAUUUCUGAAGGGAAAAUUCAAUGGGACUUUAUUGGCAGCUUGUGCUCAAGAUGGGAAUUAUCAUCUAUAUCCUCUCGCCUUUGCAGUGGUUGACGCAGAAAAUGGCGCCUCUUGGAAAUGGUUCUUUAGAGGUUUGAGCCAGAAGAUCCCGGACGCUUCGGAUCUUGUUUUUGUAUCAGACAGGGCUAACUCCAUUUCUUCAGCGUUGGAGGAUGUAUAUCCCUUAUCUCACCAUGGAAUUUGCAGGAUCCAUCUGCUCCGCAACAUCACUCCUACAUAUGCGAAGACUGGGUUGCUACCUCUGGUGGAAAGCGCUGCUGAUGCCUAUACGUGUCACGAGUUCUGGUUAAUCUUCAAGGACAUAAAGGAUAAAUGUCCUGAAUUGGCUAAGUAUCUGGAAGAUUCUGAUUUUAGGAAGUGGGCACGAAGCUAUGCGCCUGCGAACAGGUAUAAUAUCAUGACUACCAACAUUGCAGAGUCUCUCAAUUCUAUGUUGAGGAUGCCUCGUGAGUUGCCCAUUAUCUCUCUCCUUGAAACUAUCAGAUUGACGAUGACCACUUGGUUUUUUGAGCGACGCGAAGCGGCUGCGAAACAUAAGCACCUGGUUACUCCAAAAGUUGUGCAGAAAUUGGUAUCUAGGUUAGGGGCCGCAAUGUUGUUGAAUGUGUAUCAAGUUGAUCGAAGCGAGUUUGAGGUGAAGAAUGAAACAAUGAAGUUUGUUGUUGACUUGGAGAAGCGGCAUUGCACAUGUAAUGUUUUCGACAUUGACAAGAUCCCCUGCAUCCAUGCCAUCGCUGCUGCUAAGCAUAUCAAGAGAGAUGAAAACCUUUUUGUUGAUGCUUCUCACUUGACAGAAACGUGGGCUAAAGCUUAUGCUGAAAGCAUACAUCCUGGUGGAGAGUUGUCAACGUCCACCUAUCCAGAGAAUAUUGAUGAACUGUCUUGCCCACCUCCAGCUACCAAAAAGAAAAGUGGACGCCCUCCUACAAAGAGAAAGAGAUCCGUUGGCGAGUUUGGGGUUCCUGGAUCUAAAUCUCAGUCCCACAAGUGCAGCAGAUGUGGCACAGGAGGGCACAACAAGAGCACAUGCGAGAGGCCUAUAGGAUGA